CUAGUGCAAUAAGAUUUAAUUCGGGGCAAUAUGCCGUAUCUAGGACGAGAUUGGAGAUCCAACGGGGACGAGUGGGUCAAGACACACAAUGGAUGGGAAAAACUGAAGCUAUGGAGGAUCAAGGUGUUCGAAAGUUUGAACGAAAACAUCAUUGCAAGAUUGAUACGACUGACCAUGACAGAGUUUCACACCAAAGAUAAUGACUGGUGCAAACAUCACCAGCCUUACAUUCACUACGUCAAAACCACUUCAAGGGAGAGGAAGAUCCUUACGAGUUUGAGCGAAGCUUUCGUCCAUCUCGACAUGUCCGGAGCCGUGAAGGAUAUCAGGAGGUUUAACUAUGUGUGUAAGGUACUACAGAUCCUGCUUUGCGGAAAGUUGACAAACAUGAGUGGCACAUCACAAAAACGUAUUAUCAACAUACUUGACGAAAUGGUCAAUCAGGUGCUAAAAACUAAAACUAAUGUGGCUCGUACGCGCGACCUUGUCAACAGCACAAUGUGCACAUUGAAUGAGGGACAGUACUGUCACAUAGGGAGCGAGAGUUUGUGGCACAGACACUUACAGGGUGUACACAAAAUGCUCGCCAAACUGGACAGAUAUAAAGUUGAACAGAGAGCCGAUGACGGAAUGGCAAUGUUCCAGGACCUGCCUCAGGACUGUGUACGUUGUAUCCUCCAACGCCUUUCAGAUCACACCGACAUCCUUCACACAGGCAUGACGUCAUCAUCCAACCUCAUCAUAGCAGAGGAAAACUCUCUCUGGAAACAACUCUGCUUCUUCCACUUCAGCGACCGCCAGCUCAUUACUUUCCUUCCUAAAGAGAUGGAGACAGGACAGCGCUGUGUUGAUUGGAAGUACAUAUAUAAACGCUGUGUUAAACGAUUUGGUAAGAAGGACGUGUAUGCAGACACCCUGGCCAUUUGUAACCACUGUGAUAAUCUAUUCUGGCAGUCAAUCGGUCACCCAUGCAUCAGUGACAAGGAACCUAAGUCCUCUCCACUUUCACCGGAAGUCUUCCUGAAUCUGUUCUCCAUCUAAACAGGUCAAGAGCAGUGUAAAAAUUACACAACAUUUUACUGACAAUGUAACGGUUUAUCUAAGUUCAACUCACUUUUCACCAAGAGUGUUCAUCUUAUCACGCUUACGAAAUUUUUGUUACAGCAAACAGUGAUACAAACUUGCAUUGUUUUGAUGUAUCUGGUCAUCACGAUUUGUUAACGGUUCAUCUUCGAACCUGUUAGUUACUGAUAAAUUAUAUUUGUAUUGUUAUCUGCAGUUCUUUAUCAUGACCCACUUUAUUUGGUAAUGCCGUUUCUGAACGUAUUUUUGUAAAUCGUAUGAUAUUUAUAUUUUAAGUGCGUUUUCUUAUUUGUAAAACGACCUUUAAAAGAAAAAGAAUCUCGACAUAGCUGAUAUGGCUAAAUGUUAUUUUUUCACUUUGUCCUUUUUAUUUAAGCAUCCAUUAAAUUUUUAGACUUUUAUAGUAAAUUUUAUACACCUUUUAA